UUGUUGGUGUUGAUUCCGAAAAGAGAAAGACAUCGAUGGUGAUGACUCUGGUAUAAAAAGAUUUAGGGUAAUGAUAACGUUGUAAAUUUUGCCUCAGCAAACUAUCUUGGGCUUAUAGGUCAUCAGAAGUUACUUGACUCAUGUUCAUCUGCUUUAGAGAAAUAUGGCGUUGGUUCUUGUGGUCCCCGUGGGUUUUAUGGAACAAUUGAUGUCCAUCUUGAUUGUGAAGCGAGAAUAGCAAAUUUUUUAGGAACACCUGAUUCAAUUCUGUACUCUUAUGGACUUUCGACCAUGUUCAGUGCUAUUCCCGCAUUCUCUAAAAAAGGAGAUAUAAUUGUGGCAGACGAGGGAGUCCACUGGGGAAUACAAAAUGGCCUUUAUCUUUCUAGAAGCACAGUCGUAUAUUUUAAGCACAAUGACAUGGAUUCUUUAAGUAAAACUUUAGAGAACAUUACUUCCAAAUAUAAGGGGACAAAAAAUUUGAGGCGAUAUAUUGUCGUUGAAGCUCUCUACCAGAAUUCUGGCCAAAUAGCACCCUUAGAUGAGAUCAUUAAAUUGAAGGAAAAAUAUCGUUUUCGUAUUUUAUUGGAUGAGAGCAACUCGUUUGGUGUACUUGGAAGUUCUGGAAGAGGUCUCACCGAACACUAUGGAGUACCAGUUGAGAAAUUAGAUCUUAUAACUGCUGCUAUGGGACAUGCAUUGGCCACAGAAGGAGGAUUCUGCACCGGAAGUGCAAGAGUUAUUGAUCAUCAACGGUUGAGUAGUUCUGGCUAUGUCUUUUCUGCUUCUUUGCCUCCAUAUCUUGCAAGUGCUGCAAUUACAGCUAUUGAUGUCCUUGAUGAAAAUCCCAAUCUGUUAACAAAAUUGAAGAACAACAUUGCUGUGUUAUGGAAAGGGCUGUCGAGAAUACCAAGCUUCACAAUCGCAAGUCAUCCAGAGUCACCAAUUGUUUAUUUGAGAUUAAAGCAGUCAACAGGUUCUUUGAAAGAUGACCUACAACUGCUUGAAAAUAUUGCCGAGCGAGUAAGAAAUGCAGUUCUUUUUUGAUUGAACAAUGUUCAUUAUUUUCAAUUUUGUUGGUACUUAAUAUCGCGUAUUCACAUACUUUGAAAGAAGAUUCUGUAUUUGUGGCGGCUUCAAGAAGAUCAACAUUGGACAAGUGUAAAUUGCCUGUAGGAAUUAGAUUGUUUGUUUCUGCAGGGCAUGAAGAGUCUGAUCUUCACAAAGCAUCUGAAUCAUUGGAAAGGGUUGCCGCAAUAGUCCUUGGCGGUCGUAAUUGAAAGUUGUACUGUACACCUCUCUUUCUUUUCAUGUUCCAAAAUGUCAAUUCUAUUCAACUCUUAGCCGAGAAAUUUUGAAAUCCAGGCAGAUAAAUGAAGUUCUGUAGUUGGUAAUUUAUGUAAUAUUUUCCGGGAUAGCUUAGGGUAACAAUUUUUUUGGGAAUGCUAUUCUUUGAUAUGCGUUGAGUGGUGGAAUAAGGAUUUAAGUUUCUAAUCAUCAUCUGGGAAAUGCUUAUAAAUUAUAUUAGGCUUAAUUUUCUUUUUGUGUUGACUCCUUGUAUAUCAAUUUCAAUGUUACAUUAUUAUUUCA